AUGGAACCGCUGCACUACUUGAACGGCUACAAGCUCGUUGAAUGGCCUGACCUAUCCGGCCAGCGUAACCCUUCCCGUACCCUUCACAGCGCAUCGGCGACGCUGCACUGGAACAGUGAUUGGCCAUCGUUCCACCCCAUCAUUGUUGCGGCCAUUGGUCGGGUGGUUGGGGCUUAUUGUGGAGUGUCAGAUGUUCUCGUCGGUUCCCGGCUAGAGGCUGGACUCAAGGUGAUUCGGAUUCUGUGGGAGGAUACGACAUCUUGGGACGAAGUGGUUGCCUCUGUGCAAGCUCAGCUCAGCAGAGCAGGUACAACAGAGCAGGAAGAACUCGACGCUACUAGGAAGGCUUUGGAUUUGGACGCCAACCAAAUGCCCUGCUUAGCCCUGUAUUCACUGUCGUCGCACGUGUCGGAACCGGACGACUUUCCAUUCUCCAUCUCAUUCGAUUCUACGCACUCGUCACUAGAGCUCACGGCCUGGGAUACAACGCUACAUCCAUCGUUUGCGCCCCUCAUGCUCAACCAACUCACGUCAAUCCUUCAAGACGUUCCGUCUCUCACUCCCACACUCAUUCACAAAAUAUCAGACCUAUCUCCAAAUCUUCUGUCUUUAUAUGAACCCAGUACAUCAAGAAGGGAUCCACCUCCAGCAACAGCCAUGGAAUUUCUCACCGAACAAGCGGAGAAGUCUCCCGAUUCUACCGCUUUCUACUGGUGCCCUAAUUCUCCAGACUCUCCCGUCUCAAUACAACCAUCGGAUUCUAUGACCUACCGCGAAUGGCACGCUCGCAGCAAUCAGUUCGCCCGCUGGCUUCUCAAACGUGGCUUGCAAAAAGAGGAUAGAGUUGCAGUUUGUAUGAAGAGGGAUCGCCACUUCCAUGUUUCGAUUAUGGGUAUUAUGAGGGCUGGUGGAUGCUAUGUCCCGAUUGAUCCCGAACUCCCGGAUGAACGCAAGAAGUAUAUCUCGUCAGAUUCGCAAGCUAUAUUUGUCUUGACCUCCAAGGAUUUGACAUCCGUCUCACUUUUUGACUGCGAAACCAUCUUCGUCGAGGCGCCUUCCAUCCAACAAGAAAUAUCCGCCCAGCUCGACGACCGUAUUUGCGUUGCAUCCUUGGAAUCUCUAGCAUAUCUCCUGUACACAUCUGGGACUACGGGGAACCCUAAAGGAUGCCUGAUAACUCAUGAAGGCCUUGUGGAAGCGAUCUGGGCCAUUAGUCGCAUUGCUACCGUAGCCCCUUUUGAAGAAGGCGAGGACGCCUGGGAGGGUCGCUAUCUAGCCACUGCUUCGAUCGCGUUUGACGUCCAUUUAGCAGAGGUAUUCGUCUCCCUUUCCCUCGGCACGCCACUGUACAAUGUUCCUCGUUCGAUCUUGCUGGAGAAUCUCUCUUAUUAUGUCGUGCAAUUCGGUAUCACGCAUCUUGGCAUCGUUCCAAGUCUGAUGGAAGCGACAUUAUCUGUGGCACAAGAGGACGGGGACCUUGAUAACAUGAAGCUUCGGUACAUUUGCAGCGGCGGAGAAAAAGUCACAGAUGCAAUUUUAGACAAGUGGGCUAACCACCCUAGAUUUCGACUCGCCAAUUUUUACGGGCCAAGCGAAGCCACAAUUGGAUGUUGCGCAAGGUAUAUGGAUGCCUCUACUCCAAAGUCUAACAUCGGAAAAACCUUUGACAACGUAUCCGGAUAUGUCGUAGACGACAACAUGAACAUUGUCCUCCGAGGUGGCGUAGGGGAACUAGUCGUUGGUGGACCAUUGGUCGGCCGGGGCUAUCAUGGGCGACCCGAUCUCACAAACAAGGUCUUCCUCACAUGGCCCAGGAGUGGUCAGAAGGCGUAUAGAACAGGGGAUCUCGUUCGCAUGAUGCCGGAUUCUACCUUUGAGAUUUUGGGCCGCGUUGACACGCAGAUCAAGUUGCGAGGUGUACGCAUCGAAUCGGAGGGAAUCUCGGCCAUUAUCCGCAAAACUGCUCCGCCUUCCGCUGGGAUCAACCUCGAUGCGAUCACAAUUCUCGCUAACCACCCCAAGAUUGGGACCGAUCAACUCGUCUCCUUCAUUGCAUGGGAUCCAACCAUAACUAUCUCCACGCGAAAAGCUAGUUUACCUUCGAUAUCAACCCCUCCUCAAGGCUUGCUUGAGAGCAUACAAUCCGUAUGCGCGGCAGAAUUGGCGAGUUACAUGCGCCCCAGCCACAUCGUUCCACUGCAAUUCCUCCCCUUGAGCAGCAAUGGUAAAGCAGAUGCCAAGUCGCUCGCUAGUAUCUUUCGCGGCUUGGAUUUAAGCACGCUUGCCGGCUUAGCUUCCCGUUGCGAAUCGGACUACGCGUCUAGGACUCCUCAUCCCGACCCACCAGCAUCGGCCUUACCCCAACCGCCAACCUCCUCUUGCGUUGAUUCAUUUUCCCGUCUUUGGCUGCCUACCAUCUUGCGCGAAUAUCAAGGAGACGACAUCGAGUGCAUUCUCCCCGCCCUCCCUGUUCAAGAAGGCGUGCUCUCUCGCAGUGCUGUAGACAGUACUUUGUAUGUUCAGACGACAAUUUUGGCAUGUAAGCCUGAGACCUCUCUCUUGAAGCUACAACAGGCAUGGCAAACCGUUGCAUCUCGUCAUCAAAUCCUCAGAGCGGUGUUCUACUUUGAUCGUUCUCUCGUGCAAAUCAUCCUGCGACCAGGAGUUUGUGCUCUACCGUGGGUAGAAAAGCCGAUGCCAUCGAUCCUAGAGUCAGAUUUCGCAGAAUGGUUUGCCGAGCACGAAGCCGAAGGCAUUGCCCGCUAUCUCAACGAAAACAUGUCUCAUAAACCUUUGUUCCAACUUACGGCAUUCACAUCUCCCUCGUCACGCUGUCAUCUUGUACUUUCACUCCAUCAUGCGCUUUUUGAUGGAUCAUCGUUACCGAUCCUGUUUGAAGAUGUAGAACAGGUUUACCACGGCGAAUCUGUCAACUCUCCGACUCCUUUAAAAGCCGUGCUCGACACAAUUGCGUCUGUCGAUCUCGUGAGGGCCGAACUCUUCUGGCGUUCUAUGUUCGAAGGCUUUUCAUGGCCAGCACCCCCUUUCCGACGCACCACAUCGACGAAAUGCGCGGACUUCGUUGUUCCCUUCAGGACUUCUCUCUCUGAGUUUCGCAUUAUGGCAGCUCAAGCGUGUGUCACUCUUCAGACACUUCUCACGUGUACAUUUGCGACACUUCUCGCGCGAGUGUACGGACGGGACGACAUUGUUUUUGGAACUAUUCGCUCUGGGCGACUUCAGGCUUCGGAAGGGAUCGAAUCAGCGAUUUGCCCAUUGAUUGCUGUUCACCCGAUCCGAGUCAACCCAUUACAUACAGAUACGCUAUCUCGUACUCAAAACGCCAUUGCAGAAGCUAUGGAGUACGAACACGUCGGUCUUAGCCAAAUACAAACAUGGGUACGGCCAGGCCUCCCUUUGUUCGAUGCAGUCUUUUCCCUGGCCAUCGAAGACUCAUCAAAUCCCCGACUCUUUGAGAUAGUUCAGAGGAAGAAUCCCAUCCCCGACUUUCCCCUUGCAGUUGAAGUAGGCCUGAAUCCAAUUCAUGAUACGUUGGAGAUCAAAGCUGCCUGGCUGUCUGAGGCCGUCGAUGGGCAAUUUGUAAAGGAGCUGCUACGCUCCUUUGAAACAGUGGCAUCCUCCGUAUCUCACCUACGAACCCAAGGGAUGCCCUUACAAACCUUGACAACUCCCACGGCAACCUUAUCAACAGGCGGUGCUACUUUGUCAAUGCCUUCGCUCGCUGGUCGCGACCUACCGCAGAUGAAUAGACUUCGCUCUUUGAUCGCAGAGUUUUUGAAUUUGAAGGAGUCAAUCUUACAAGACGAUACUUCGCUUAUCUCGCUUGGCCUUGACUCUCUCAAGUCAGUUGGACUGAGCAGGACCCUUCGUCAGGCAGGUUUAGGCAUUUCUGCCCCCCAGCUCAUGUCGAAUCCGUCUCUACACCAAUUGGUUCCACUCCUUAUCCAUUCCGGCACAUCCAAUGAUGUCUCCUCCGAUGGCAACGUUCCACGCCUACGUCAUGUCAUAGGCGACUUCCUGAACGUCGAUCCGUCGCUCCUUAAGCCGGACGCAUCUCUGGUUUCUUUGGGUCUCGAUUCUCUGAAGUCAGUGGGCCUCAGUCGCACUCUACGACGGGAAGGUUUCCCCCUCUCGGCUACCCAACUCAUGUCCGGUGGAUCUCUGUCAAACUUGGUGGCACUCCUCGAAUCAAAGACCCCGGCAGAAACUCCCAGCUCUAUAGGUACUGACACCCAGGCGCGAGUCUGUCCGAGCUUAGAUAUCAACGAAUUCAAGCUUUCACCAAGCGACUGCGUUACUGCGUAUCCAGUUACAGAGCUACAAGCCGGGAUGUUGUCACAAACGAUUUCUUCUUGCGGACAUCUCUAUGUACACGCCUUUCCCCUUCGGCUUUCUCAGGACGUUCAAGUAUCCUUACUCGAAGCUGCUUGGAAACGUGCUGUGAACGUGCUGUCUAUUCUUCGCACAUCAUUCCAUUUUUCAGCAGACGACGGCGUGUGGUGUCAAGUCACUCAUUCUCAAGAAACUCUCGAUUGGUCCAUAGACUCAUUCACUACCGAAAUCGAUUAUUCCAACAAGGUUACUGCCCUAAUUACAUCUCUCAACCUAAUCGACGAACUUUCGUUCCGGCGACCUCCUUUCCUCAUCCGUUUAUAUUCUUCUUCCUCUGCCCCGCAUGACAAUCGACUCGUCCUCGUCAUGCAUCACGCUCUUUACGACGGCAUCUCUUUGGCUAAACUUAUGGAGACCGUUGCCUCAUUGUACGAAGAUGCGGAAACUCUAACGGUCGUCCAAUUCACCGACAUUCUUCCAAUUCUCAAGGAACAUGAGACAUCGGGCACCCGCUUCUGGGUCGAAAAGCUUCGGGGCUUCAUCAAACAAGAUCUUCCACCAAAGCUCCCCCGGGCAGUCAACUCGCCCGACACACCCCACCUGAUUUCGGAAGUCGUUAAAUUCGAUCCAUCGCUUCUAGCUUCGGUGCUCAGCCGACUACUGAUUACCGUACAGUGCAUCGCCCAAGCAGCUCUCUCGAGGAUGCUCCAUGCCAAACUACAGAAUCUUGAUGUCCUCUUUGGCCAUGUUGUAUCCGGGCGAGUCAUUCCAGACGCUGAAGAGGUUAUUGGCCCUCUCCUGAACACAAUACCGUGCCGGAUACAAAUGCUCGAGACUAUGCACAACGCCGACCUUUUGAGGGACAUCCACGCUUGGAACAUUGCCGCUAUGUCAAAGCAACAAUUCUCGCUACGAUCUCUGCAGAAGAGUCUUGGCAUGAAGAGUUUGUGGGAUGUCCUCUUUGUCUUCCAACCUCUUUCGCCACCCUCGGCCCCUUUUGAGAGGCUGUGGAGAUUCGACACGUCGAUGGGUGACGAUGCAAAGGUCCAGUAUCCCUUGACCGUCGAGGUCCACCAACACUCGGAUCAUUUUGUCAUCAACGCGGCAUGUCGCUCCGAAUACAUGAGCUCUGGUGAAUUGCGGAGCGCCGUUCAUCAAAUGGCCGAUUUCAUGACCAACCUCAUCGCUCGGCCAGAAGAAUCGCUAUUCAACAACACUCGAUCUCUACAGUUACCGGCGACUAUCAGCAGCACUGAAGACCAGUCGACGUUAAUUCAGCUGCUCAGGGCAUUGACAGAUUUGCCUGCUGACCAAGUUACCUCCCAGACACCACUCGCUGCUCUGGGGAUCGAUUCAAUCACCGCUAUUCAGUUAGCGGCACGAUGUCGCAAGCACAACAUCCACAUAUUAGCCAGCGACAUCUCAUCAAGUAACACGAUCGGAGAUAUGAUAGCAAAAGUCUCGUCGCCACCUUGUUUGAGAUCCAAGCCAGACGUCGACAUCGCGAUACCAACUCCUGAAGCCGACCUUAUCGAGGCUCAGCUAGGGCUCAGAGGAUCUAAUUCUAUCGAGAGAAUCACCACCAUUUCCGCAGGAAUGAAGUGGCUUAUUGGAGCAUGGCAGCGGAGCGAAGGCACUAGGUUUCAGCAUGUUUUCGCAUAUCGACUUCCGCCAACUGUAGACGCGGCCAAGCUACGCGAGGCAUGGUUUACGCUGGUUCGCCGUCACGAUAUCUUGAGGUCCACCUUUGCUUGUGAAGAGGAUUGUGCGGAACCUCGUUUGGUGACGUUCAAGCCCGACGCCAUCAAUACUCACUGGUCACAGGAACACUAUCCAUCUCGAAAUUUCUAUCGCUGCGCCUUGGAAACGAUCAAAAGCCUCGUCGUGAACCCGCCUGACUUGAAUACACCACCAACACGUACUUUCCUUCUCUCUUCAGCAAGAUACAGCUACCUCGUCGUGCAACUUCAUCAUUUCCAAUACGACGCGUGGAGUUUGCAGCUUCUGAUGGAAGACCUCUCUAACAUAUACUACGGCCGGGAGCCGACUGUUUCCUGCGAUUUGCGCUCGUUCCUAGUCCACUCCACUCCGGACAGCGAUGUGCUAGAGGCGCAGAAAUCGUACUGGCGGCAAAUGUUUCCAUCCACCUUCCGACCUGCAUACUUCCCUCGCCAGAUACGCUCGUUGGCACCAGUGAAUAAGCGGACCAUUUGCACUGAGGUAUCGGCACUUGCAAACGCAUCACUGUGCGAUUCCCGUGCCCGAGCGCUGGGGGUCUCUCUCCAAGCGAUGUUCCUCGCGUGCUGGGCUGAAUUACAGGCACAGUAUACAUCCCGGCCUGACACCAUCUUUGGGCUGUGGCAUUCAGGCAGAAAAGGCGCGCUCGAUGGGAUAGAGAGCUUGGCUGUCUCUUGUUUGAAUGUGCUACCCUUACGCCUUGAAGGCGUUACUGCCCGCAGUAUUUUGAAGACAGCACAGGUCAUCGAGGUGGAGCUUCAACGGAGGACAGCUGCCAUCGAACAGAGCGAUUUAUCGAACAUCGAUGAAUGGGUUGGGGGCAAGCGCAGAGCCCUAUGCAAUGUAUACGUCAAUAUCGUCAAGGUGGCCCCAGAUGUUACCAAGGAUAACCCUCUUGUAGAACCAGUCCAUAUCCCGUACUGGGUCCCGGAUGCCUUGCAUCGCAGCGAUCGUGGUGAUAUUCCCCGACUAGCUGUUACUGACCUUAUUCGGGAUGAUGUGAUGAUCGAUAUCGUCACUGUCGAGGCGCAGAACACCGUGUUGAUGUCUGUGGAUGCGAGUGCAAGUAUGAUGGGUCAAGAGCAAGCAAAAGAGGUCAUUCAGCGUUGGGCAAUUUUGGUCAAAGGGGCUUUGGGCUUGGUCUGA